UUUCACUCCUCACGCGUUUCUAACGUUCACAUUUUGAGUUUUGAUUGGCAUCAGCCACUGUAGCGGUGUGCAAUUUUGCACACCGUACGUGGCAAAUGUUUUUUUUUUUUUAUUAUGCGAAACGCACCGUUCGUUACAUCAACGCAAUCUGAAAUACCCAUUUCGAAUUGAAACCCCCCCCGCGUUGAAAUCGAGCCCGCGUAGAAUACAGUCCCCGCCCGCGUCGAACGUCAUCUCCCCACUCCCACCGGCGACGCCGUCUGCCGUCCAACCAUUUUCGCCGGUUGAAAGCAUCUGGCGACGUCGUCUGUUUGCAGCCGUGACGCCAUUUUCACCGUCGCUCAGCUCAGCACCCGCGACAGCGCCACCCAACCUGAAGCUCACCAGCGCCGAAGAACGAAAAUAAAACUGUUUACCCGGCCAGCUGCGAAACAACGAGAGAUUUUUGUGAUGGGGGAAGAAGAUGAAAUGACACCCAGGCCAUCGACUUCAACUUCGCAGUCGUUAAUGACGCCUCAAAAUACAUGUUCAAAUGACUACCAACAAAAUCCUGAAUUUAGAGUGUCCCACCCUCCGCCUCCGAGUAAUCCGGAUAACUUUACUCAAGAAUUUUCUCCCUCUACAGAAUUUCAAGAAAAUGUUGGAAGUACAUUUUCUGAUGCGGCUGAUGAAAUGUUAUUUGAUUUAGAUGAAGAUUUAGAGGGUAACACUGUUAGCCCAGAUGGUGAUGCCCGGGUUGAAGCACCAAGAUCCGGUAUGGAAUUUCCUAGUGAGAAUGAGCUGACGGCGUACUAUAAACAAUAUGCCAAGCAAGAGGGAUUUGGUGUAAGGACACAGAGGACUAAAAAAGAUGAUGAUGGGAGGCCCGUUUAUGUUACUAUUGGAUGUGCCCGUGGGGGAAAAUACCAACCUAAGAACAUUAAUCCCUCGAAGCCACGUGCAACAACUAAGACGGAUUGUAAAGCCAAGGUCAAUGCGACAUUGAACAAGAAUGAAAAAUGGGUUAUCACCACAGUUGAACAUGUGCACAACCACAUUACUAUCAGCCCAAAGAAAUCAAGACUGUUGCGAUCUCACAAACGUCUAGAUGAAUACAGUCAACGGAUUCUCGACCUCAAUGAUAGAGCAGGUAUUCGGUUGAAUAAGAAUUAUUUCUCUCUUGUCGUUGAUGCUGGGGGUUUUGAGAAUUUAGAUUUUCAAGAGAGAGAUUGUCGUAAUUUCAUUGAUAAGGCGAGACAUUUAAGAUUGGGUAAAGGAGGUGGAGAUGCCCUUUAUGCAUACUUCCAGAGAAUGAGAAUGCAGAAUGAUGGGUUUGUUUCUGCCAUGGAUGUGGAUGAUGACGGAAGGUUACGGAAUGUAUUUUGGGCUGAUGCACGGAGUCGAUCGGCGUAUGAGUAUUUUGGGGACGUUGUGACCUUUGAUACGACGUACCUAACAAACCGGUACGGAAUGCCUUUCGCUCCAUUUGUUGGGGUUAACCAUCAUGGGCAAUCGAUACUACUAGGGGCAGGGUUGUUGUCAAGCGAGGACACGCAUUCAUUUGUUUGGUUGUUCCGCACGUGGUUGGAUUGCAUGAAUGGUCGAGCGCCGAAAGCCAUUAUAACCGACCAAGACCGGGCAAUGAAGAAUGCCAUUGAGAUUGUAUUUCCGGGAACCCGCCAUAGGUAUUGUCUUUGGCAUAUAAUGCGCAAACUUCCAGAGAAGUUAGGAUCUCACUCUCAUUUCUCUACAGGGUUGAAGACCUCUAUUCAGGCUGCAUUGUAUGAUUCACAGACAUGCUCGAAAUUUGAGAAGAGGUGGUGCCACCUUCUAGAUAUGUAUGAUCUCAGAGAUAAUAAUUGGUUGAAGUCCUUAUUUGAGGAAAGGACGUUUUGGGUUCCGGUUUAUUUGAAGGAUGUUUUUUGGGCGGGCAUGAGCACGACACAACGGUCAGAAAGCAUGAAUGCUUUUUUUGACGGAUAUGUCCAUUCCGGUACAACAUUGAAGGAAUUCGUGGACCAGUUUGAUAAUGCUUUAAGGAAGAAGGUGGAGCUAGAGACAACGGCUGACUUCAAUUCCAGUAACCAAACGAUCCCCUGCGUCUCCCCUUUUAACUUCGAGAAGCAGUUUCAGAGCUUAUACACAAAUGCAAAGUUUAAAGAGUUCCAAAAAGAGCUGAUGGGCCUAAUGUGUUGUAAUUGCACAUUGGUGUGCAAACAGGGGUGCAUUUCAACCUUUGAUAUCUUGGAUGAAAUCUCUAUUAAUGACUGCAACAAAAUAGUCCACUACACACUUUAUUUUAACGAAAAGGAGUGUGAGUUGAAGUGCACGUGUGCAUUGUUUGAGAUGAGGGGAAUUUUAUGUAGGCAUGCACUUAAAGUUUUUCAGCUGUCCCGAAUUAAUGUGGUGCCAGAUAGAUAUGUCUUGGAUCGGUGGAGGAAGGAUGAGAAGAGGACAUACACAUUGAUCAAAAGUAGUUAUGAUGACUUGCGGUCCAGUGGAGAUGCACGAAGGUAUGAGAUGGUGGUUAAAAGAUGCAUGAAACUAGCAACUGAGAUUUCACGAAGUGAUGAGCGUGUCAAUGCAUUCCUACGUGUUGUCGAUGACUUUGAUUCAAGAUGUGAUGAUGCAACGGUUGGGUCGAGAUCAGAAUCAACGCAUGUUGGUUCAAACGUACAUGCGGAUAAGGGUAAGAAGAUAUUAAGCCCUCACGUGGUUCGAGGGAAAGGGAGACCCCCAAGUAAGAGAAAGGUUCCGGCUGUGGAGAAGGUGGCAAGAAAGAGAAAGGCUUGCAGAAAGAUAUUGGAAGAUGCAAUGCCAUUGGGUGAUUCCCCGGGCCCUCAACAACCUCCAUUUGAUGAUGGGCAAGGUGUUGGGACACAACAGAGCAAUGUCACACAAUCUAUGCCACCGGAGAUUUCGAGAGGUCUUAAGAUAUUGGUUAAUUGUGUCUUUGAAUAUAUUUUUAUCAACUAAAGAUUGAUAACAUAAUGUAACAGUUGUUUACAUUAUAGUUGUUUUAUUUCAGAUGUGCCGCCAUAGUUGCUGUUUUUGUGUCUAUUGGAUAAUGGUCGUUGCUGUUUUUGUGUCUAUUGGAUCAUGGUCGUUGCUGUUUUUGUGUCUAUUGUUUUUGUGUCAUGGUGUAGAAAAGAUUGUCGAUGUGAAGUCAUUUGUUGAGUGAUUGGUUGAGUGAUUGGGUAAUACACUCAUCGGUAUUUGUUUGGUCGUUUUUUAUUUUCCCACUUUGUGAAAAUGCCAAACAUGAUGGGUUUUUUGUGGAGUGCAACGACAUAUUUUUUGAUCCUCCGGAAGAGGUGUGGUGAUCUCCUUUGAAUAUGCCGAGAUAGUCGAGAAGCAGCUGGUUUUUGGUAGCAUAAUGAAUAAGGUUGGUUUUAUGUGACUUGAUGAUGGGCAACAUAAAAAGGUUUGGUUUCUUUCCAUUCACAUUCCAUAAUUUAUUGUCUUUCAUGUAAGAGUGAAAUAGGGUAAGCACCAAGUACCGGUAUCGAGGCUAGUUAGGAUUUUGAUUAAUGAUGUUUAAUUGAGUUUUAUUGAUUCUGUCCACAGGUAGCAAUGAAUGCAUUUGAAGGUAUGAGAUUUUGCACUUGUGGAUUGUCUGCAUCGGUGAAGUCAGAUUUUUGUGGCAUGUUACGAGUGCUUUCCUUGUUACAGGGUUGGGAAGUUCCAAUAAUGGGAACUGUAUGGAUGAACAUCAUGGUACCAGAAACACGUCGGUUUAGAAGAAAAUGUAUUUGUCUCAGGAAAGGAAAAAAUAGGUACAACAAUUCGGUUUGUGGCAUGCACUCAAAACAUAUCACUUCCAGCGACCUACAGACAACGGCUGCUUAUGCAGGCAAUUGUACUAGCCGACAUUGUAUUCAUUCUCUAUUAAGAAUUUUAUAAUUAACUAGUGUUACGUAAAUUCCUUUUGUACGGUUGUUGUCAUGGAAAGAGAAGAAAUUCCAGUAGCUGGAAUUAAGUGGAAACUGCAACAGCCAUUUAAUGGGCAGUGAUUGUGAAUAUUCGGUUUCUAUAUGAAUGGAGAAGUCGUUGUAUGCAA